CAAUUUUGAAUAAUCCAUCACUCCUUUGUUUGCUGAAUUGUGUUCAUCCUUAAGAAAAUGGGAAGCUUAAUAUGGUUUUCCCAAAUCCUCUGCCUGUCCUUCAUUUUGUUACGGUUUCGAGUCCAAAGCUCCUCACCUUCUCAAUCUUCUCUUAAUUCACCGCCACAUUUGUGCCAUCCUGAAGAGCAUUCUGCAUUGCUUGAUUUCAAAAGCACUACUAAUAUGGUGGAAGACUGUUUUGGUGUUACUCCUCGUCCUAUAAUACAAACUUGGAACGAGAGAAAAGACUGCUGCUUGUGGGAGGGCAUCACAUGCGACAAGGUGAAAGAAUUAAGGUUUCUUAGCCUUGAUUUUGUGAAUAUGUCUCUGGUUGUGCCUUCUUCCUUGCUAAACUUGACUUCUUCCUUGGAGCAUUUGAGCCUUAGCUCUUGUAAUUUGCAAGGAAACUUUCCAAGCCAAGUUUUUCAGCUUCCAUCUCUCCAGCUUCUUAAUUUAAGAGACAACUCUCAUUUGGGAGAGCUCCAAAACAAUAGACUUACCGAACCUAUUGAUCAUGUUGAGAUGCCUAAUCUCAUUUUACAAAAAGUCUGUUUGUCCAAUAAUGGGAUAAGUGGUUCACUUCCUAGUUCUUUCUUUCGUCUUGUGAAUCUUAUCGUGGUCGAUCUUUCUUCAAAUAAUUUAAGUGGCACCAUUACAGCCAACAUGCUUUCAAAACUUGUUAACCUUCGGGAUCUGGAUCUUUCCAAUAACAAUUUGUUGUCUUUGAGCAAUAAUAGCACUGGUGUCAACUAUUCCUUUCCGAACCUCUGGUCUAUAAAGUUCUCUUCUUGCAACAUACACAAGUUCCCAAGUUUCUUAAGGAAGGCAGAGAGAUUGGAAGUAUUGGAUAUUUCCAAGAACAAGAUUUCUGGUCAAAUUCACAAAUGGGAAAUCGAAGGGAUGUCAUUGGUCAAUUUAAACCUUUCUUAUAACUUUUUGACCGGUAUAGAUUUGUUUGCUUUUGAAAAUCUUACCCAAGUUGACCUCAGUUCCAACUUACUACAAGGAUCACUUCCCAUUCUAUCAACAACUUGGGAUUUUAGGCAUCUCAUCAUUUCAGGGAAUAAUUUGAUUGGCGAAAUCCCUUCUUCUUAUUGCAAUUUGACUUCUCUUAAUGUUCUAAUGUUAGCUAAUAAUAAUUUGAGAGGAAAAAUUCCAGAAUGUCUUGGAAACUUGAGUUAUCUCUAUAUCUUGGAUUUGCAGAUGAAUAAGUUUCAUGGUAUAAUACCAAAUUCUUUUGUCAACGAGAGUCAACUAACAACUCUUAACCUAAAUGGCAACCAAUUGGAGGGGAUACUGCCACGGACUUUGGGCUAUUGCAGCUUCUUGCAAGUUCUUGAUGUGGGGAACAACUGCUUGAAUGACACCUUUCCACAUUGGUUAGGUGUUCUUUCACAGCUAAAAGUUCUCAUCCUUCAAUCCAAUCGAUUUCAUGGUGCCAUUUACAACUCUACACCUGCAUUUUACUUCUAUGAGUUGAGAAUCAUUGAUGUCUCGCAUAAUGACUUCACGGGUCUCCUGCCGAGUAGCUAUUUCAAAAUUUUGACAAGUAUGAGAGAUGUACAUGAAGAGGAAGGUGAAUUGAAAUAUAUGGGUGCAUAUUCUGUUGCCAGUUUUUUAUGGGCUAUUUAUCCCGGUUACUAUGAUUCUGUGAUGAUCUGACAAAAAUAAUGUGUGCAUAAGUUUAAUUAGUUGACAGCAUAAGCUACAGGCAGUUGCUCUUUCUUUAUGUGAUUGUUAUUUCCUUUUUAUGUUAAUUAUUAUUAUUUCAUGUUCAAUGUUUAUUGAAAAUUUUGGCUAUAAACUGGAUGUUUUUAAUGUUAAGACUUUACCAAGCUUUCUUCCAUUCCUUUUGUUUUAACGGUGCGUUUUAACGAAAGAAAAGAUUUUUUUUCCCCCUUUUUUAAUAUGUGGGCCUGUUAUCUUCUUCCUUUUGAGAAAUUAAAAGAAUUAAUGCCGGAAGCGGACGCAUCCGAAGGAUGUGGGUUGCAAAAUUGCAAUUGUAUCGCCUGUGAGGGGCUGAGCGAUGACGCAUCUGGUCAGGAUGGUUGACGGUCCUUUGCGCUUUGGACACCCACUCUCUUGACAUCGCCAACCUGUCGUCUAGUUGCUGGAUUUUGACGAGAUUAGGGUAGUGGCUGUCGGCACAUAUUCUUUGGCUGGUGAUCUGAUUCAUAGACAGUUAAUGUUGACAGUCACUAUUGGAGCUGAUGCAGUAAUCUCAGCACUCAGCCUUCUUAGGCAAUUCAUUUAUCAAGAAAAACACUACUUUCCCACUUCUGAGUUCUGAAGAUCGAAAAUCGAAGAUCGAAACGGAGGAACGGAGCACUACCUUCUAUGCUGCAUCUCGCUUCAAAACUUCUUCGCAGAAAUUCCUCCAAACCCUCAGAAAUCUACCAGCUGC